GCAUCUUCAACCGACAGGAGGAUGGAACUUUUACUGUACCGCCCGAACCUUUGGCUUUCACAGAACCACUCCCCCUCGCCGAUCUAGCGCCGUAUGAAACCCCCUCGUUGCCAAGAAGCUUUGUGGCCCUGUCGUCCGCUUUUCAUGCGAUGUUACAUGUGACCAGUUUGGGCGCUUACAUUCCCGACCGCAGCAGCAAAAGGAGAUGAAGCCGCCCAUUCUUUUCUCCCUCAUUUCGAGCAACAAUGGCGCGACGAGACAGUGUAACCGCUCAGAAGACCAGAAGACAGUCACUGAAGCUACCACACCAAAGUCAUGUAUGCGCUUCGUCUCCCAGGACUCGACUGACCAGCAAAGGGAAACGCCGUCAAAACAUCAAGAACGGACAAAAACAAAACCUUCUUCGACGGAGCACUCGUUUGCACCGCUUGAAUGACAUUACUGAGAAUCAAGCAGAAGCCAGCCGGCAGCCUCUACCAUCUCCAUUUAGCGACCUUAAAAGUCCUAAUAGCGCGCAAGCACCUCCUACCCUACUACUAUCAAAGCCUCCGAAGCGGAAACGAGAAACUGAGCAGCAGCUGCCCUCUCCGAAACGAGCGCGAACAUCUCGUCCUAGAUCCUCCCUUCUGGACGUUGAUUCUAUAACAUAUUGGACGGAGACAUCCCACUGGCCGCGAGGAUACUUCAACGAAAGUGGCGAAAUGAGUCAUUUAUUGGCGAGAAAGAAAUCCAGCGCCUCGCUUCGUCGAAAGCGAUCGGAUAGCGACUCUGGCGCACCCAGCUCAACCACACCGAGUGAUCAAAAGGCCAGGGAGGAGAAGAGUUCUCCUUAUAAGGACGCACGAUAUGAAGCUCUACUCGCGGCAAAAGGGAGUUUCAUGGACGCAUCAGAUCUUGGUGUCGACGAUAAAAGUAGGACUCUUAUCCGAGGGUUCCUGGAGAAAGCGCAGCCUGUACCAAAGGACUCGCUCUUUCGUGAGGACCUGUUCAACUCAACCUUCCGUAAGAUACGGAACAGAAAUGACACCCGGGUUAUUCGAGACAUUUCUCAGUUGAUCGUGCCCUCAGCAGAAACCUUUGCAACCUAUGGUGCUACUGCUCUUGAUUGCUUGAUUGAAAGCACUAACGAAGGCUGGAACAAUUCUAUUCCUGUUACUAAAACACGACCUCAACCAGACUACUCUGUGGGGUUCCGACGAGAAGCAUUUACCGAGACUCAACUUCAGAAACUUCAACCAUUCGUUGGCGAGCUCACCGAUAACUCCUUCUUCAUGGGUACGUGGUCCAUGUACUUUCCCUUCUUCUCAAGCGAAGUGAAGUGCGGUGCGGCCGCACUCGAUGUUGCAGAUCGACAGAACGCGCACAGUAUGACGCUCGCGGUUCGAGGAGUUGUGGAAUUGUUCCGACUCGUUAAACGCGAGAGAGAGCUUCACCGCCAGAUCCUCGCGUUUUCCAUCUCACACGAUCACCGAUCGGUUCGGAUUUAUGGCCAUUAUCCUGUGAUCGAAGGCACAAAGACCUCGUUCUACCGGCACCCCAUUCGUACGUUCGACUUUACAGAACAGGAUGGCAAAGAGAAGUGGACGGCCUACAAGUUUACCAGGAGUGUCUACGAUACCUGGAUGCCCGCUCACUUCAAAAGGCUUUGCGCGGCAAUCGAUGCAAUACCACCCGAUAUACAUUUUGAAGUCUCCGAGGAUUCGGAGCUACAGUUUCCGUCCUCAUCUGGACUUUCACAGGGUCUGGAAAGCCAUCACCUUUCGGAGCAAGGGGCUAUGGAUGACGAGGGGCUGAGCCUCCUCGAUUCCCAGGUACUGACACCAGAAACUUCUGUUACCCAAAUAUCAGAACAGGCGACAUUCAAGAAACCCAAAAAGAGAUGAAACCUCUAAUCAGAGAAUACCUAGACAAUACGAGUGGGAGUUUACAAUGGCGGGAGAAGCAACAGACAUUAAUUGUUUCGAACAAGACCUGCAGGACGUCCCAAAACGCACGGAGAGGAGCUUUCGCGGUGCUCCAAACGUGUUUCUCGUUGUCUUGAACUCCCCAGAGAAUUAAUUCGCGCUCUAUGUCCUUAUGGAAGUUGAUUGAGCUACAGUACCACGGAACAUUGGCAGAAGUGUCCUUUUGUGAAUGAAGGCGGUAGCUUGGCGAUUGUGAAAACUGGCAGCUGGGGAUGGCUCCAUAGGUAUGCUAUCACAUAGGAGUCGUCGUUAAUCUUCCUGGAUCGCAUUGUCAGUCCAGAGCGGCGGAAAAGAUCCAAGGUACGAAGCUACUUCUUCGUGCCAGGAAAUGGUACCAUGCUAUGAUACAUAGUGAUAGCAGACAGGGAGAAGCAUAUUAAAACGAUUGAGGACGGUCUCAGGGUGACGUUACGUUUAGCAUAGAUGGAACAAUAUCUUCUUCGCCAGGAUCAUUGGAAAUAUCCUGUAGCCAUCUCUGAACAUUUGGAAUUCUCGAAUGCUUCACGAGCACCAAGAUCGGAAGCCUCAGAAAUGUCCGAGUCGCAUUCCGAUGAUUGCCGAUAUAUCCAUGGAUGCAUAUGAUCUCCGAAAGCUGGAAACUGUUAGGCUCCUGUUUGAAGGUUUUCUUGGAAAAGCGGUCGUUGAAAGCACCGCGUAGUAGAUCAAGCAAGUGUACUAGCC